AUGACCUCAGCUAUCCAUUACUCUACCAUACCUCAGCUAUCCAUUACUCCACCAUGCCUCAGCUAUCCAUUACUCCACCAUGACUCAGCUAUCCAUUACUCCACCAUGACUCAGCUAUCCAUUACUCUACCAUACCUCAGCUAUCCAUUACUCCACCAUGCCUCAGCUAUCCAUUACUCCACCAUGACUCAGCUAUCCAUUACUCCACCAUGCCGCAGCUAUCCAUUACUCCACCAUGACUCAGCCAUCCAUUACUCCACCAUGCCUCAGCUAUCCAUUACUCCACCAUGCCUCAGCUAUCCAUUACUCCACCAUGCCCUCAGCUAUCCAUUACCCACCAUACCUCAGCUAUCCAUUACUCCACCAUGCCUCAGCUAUCCAUUACUCCACCAUGACUCAGCUAUCCAUUACUCCACCAUGCCGCAGCUAUCCAUUACUCUACCAUACCAUGAUCCAUUACUCCACCAUGCCUCAGCCAUCCAUUACUCCACCAUGACUCAGCUAUCCAUUACUCCACCAUGCCUCAGCUAUCCAUUACUCCACCAUGACUCAGCCAUCCAUUACUCCACACCAUGCCCCAUCCCCAGCUAUCCACACUCCACCAUGCCUCAGCCAUCCAUUACUCCACCAUGA